GAAGCAACGACAUCUCAGCCCUUCAUCAGCUCACAUUCCUCACAUUCCACAUUUCUGAUGUCACGAGGCGCAGAUCUUUUUUUCCAAACCCACAAACUGUGACCAUGUUAUUUAAUCGAAAAUAGUCUCGGCUGCAAGGGGACGACUAGGAAAAAAGAAAGGAGGGAGGUUAAAACAAAACAACUUGGCGAUCACAAAGGCUCUCGGACCGCUGGCAGCUGCUGAAGAGUUCAGAAUAGCAAACAAGAAAGUGGGCAGAAAGAAAGUUUCACCAAACAAAAGUAGUUCUUGAGCGGAUGAGGUAGGGCUCUCCGUGUAACUUCAAACACUUCUGGUGAGCAGACGGACCCUGGUCCCGCGGUCCUUUAGACGAGUGGAUCCUUUAUCCAGAAAGGGAUUUUUGUGCUAGUUUCUGCUUGUGGAAACUUUUCUCCUCCCCCCCCCCCCAACUCCCCAAACAAGAAAGGAAGAAAACACGUUGGAAAGUUUGAAGGGACGCGUGCAGUUUGUGGUUUUAAUGGACUGAUCAGACACAAUAAAGACAUGUAAACAGGAAGUCUGAAAUAUUUAAAUGUCACCAGGAAAGGGGUAGCUGUUUCCACCCUCAGCAGGAGAGGAGCUCUGAGACAACAGGCAAACUGUUUGAAGGAUUCCGUUCUGGGAGAGGCAGCUUUUGAGGCUAGUGAGCCAUGCCUUUCAGGCUGAAAUUGAGGAGGACCAGGCGGUACAAUGUUCUGAGCAAGAACUGCUUUGUGACACGCAUACAAUUGCUAGAUAGCAAUGUCAUUGAGUGCACGUUCUCCGUGGAGAGUACAGGACAAUAUUGCUUGGAGGCCGUGGCUCAACGGUUGGAGUUACGUGAGACACACUAUUUUGGACUGUGGUUCCUCAGUAAGACCCAACAGGGACGAUGGGUGGAGCUAGAAAAAGCCCUAAAAAAGCAACUCGACAAAUUUGCCAAUGAGCCUCUCCUCUUCUUCGGAGUGAUGUUCUAUGUACCCAGUGUCUCAAGACUUCAGCAAGAAGUCACAAGGUAUCAGUAUUACCUGCAAGUAAAGAAAGAUGUGCUUGAUGGACGGCUUCCUUGUACGUUAGACCAAGGCAUCAGGUUAGCGGGUUUAGCUGUGCAAGCUGAUUUUGGAGAUUAUGGACAGUACGAAUCCCAGGAUUUCCUCAGAGAAUACGUUUUGUUCCCAAUGGACUGGGCUCAAGAUGAACGGGUUCUGGAAGAAAUGACGUGCAAAGUAGCACUGCAACACCAGGCUUACAGUGGGAUGCUAGCUGCAGAGGCUGAGUUGCUAUACAUAAAGGAAGUGGAACAACUGGAAGGCUUUGGUCAAGAAAGCUUCCCUGCUAAGGAUAACCUUGGAAAUGACACUGUCAUUGGCAUUUCUUUCAUGGGGAUAUUUGUAAAGCACAGGAAUGGCCGGCCAACAAUAACUUACAGAUGGAAUGAAAUUGGAAAUAUUACGCACAACAGGUCUUCAAUUAAUGUGGAGCUAACAAAUAAAGAAGAAACCGUUCCAUUUCACACAGAUGAUAUUGAAAUGGCAAAAUACAUCUCACGGUUGUUCACUGCAAGACACAAAUUUUAUAAACAGAAUAAAAUCUGCGCAGAACAAACACAGUCAUGUUCCCCGACGCCAAUCAGGAGACAACCCACAUGGAGCAGAUCAUCUUUGCCAAGGCAACAACCAUUUAUAAUGUCACCAAUGCACGUUCAAUAUGGAGAGCAUUAUACUGAAACAAACACCUCGCAAGAUAGUAUUUACCAUGGCAAUGAGGAAAGAUUCUACUGCAGAUCUCAGUCUAGUUUGGACAGAUGUCCAAUGGAAUAUAAUUACAUGAAUGGAACUGUGCCAAAUGGCAGUGUGUAUAGUGCUUCUAGCAUGAACUCAUUGAAUCAUUCACAGAACUUCAUCCAGGCAUCGCCAGUGUCCUCUAACCUCAGCAUUCCUGGAAGUGACAUCAUGCGUGCAGAUUACAUCCCCAGCCACAGGCACAGUGCUAUCAUUGUGCCCUCAUACAGGCCUACGCCUGACUAUGAGACUGUAAUGAGGCAAAUGAAACGAGGCGUCAUUCAUAUGGAUUGUCAAAGUCAGUCAUUGAGAAAUCUUAAUAUUGGGAAUACUCAUGCAUACAAUCAGCCAGAACCUAUGGUUUACAGUCAACCGGAGAUCAGGGAGCGAUCACAAUAUCCCUCUCGAUAUGGGUCAAAGCACAGUUAUAACAAACCUGUAGCCACUUCUGCUCAACAAAAUGCCAGCCAUCCAACAUCUACCCGGACAGCAAAUAGUGCAAUCUCACACACAGUAAGCACACCAGAGCUUGCCAAUAUGCAGUUACAAGGUACUCAGAAUUACAGUACUACCCACAUGUUAAGAAACCAUUUUUGUAGACCGCCUCCUCCGUAUCCACGUCCUCGGCCUGCCACCAGUACACCAGACCUUGCCAGUCACCGCCAUAGGUAUGUUAGUGGCAGUAGCCCUGAUUUAGUCAGUCGACGAGUACAGCUCUUUGUGAAAACAUUUCAAGAGGACAGUUCACCUGUCGUGCAUCAGUCCUUGCAGGAAGUCAGUGAACCCCUCACAACAGCCAAACAUCAUGCAGCUGUUAACAAACGCCACAGCCUAGAGGUAAUUAGCAACAUGGUACGGGGUAUGGAGGCCAUGGCACUGAAAACUUUAAGUGCUUCAGUCCCUCAGCGUAGGAACACCAUGCGUGACCAACGGUGUCAAGAUGACCAGGUCCAAGAGGCUCAACAGCAACCUUCGUUUCAUCACAAGAAGACCUUGUCAGAUGCCACAAUGCUAAUUCACAGCAGUGAAAGUGAAGAUGAAGAAGACACACCUGACUAUGAUGUCCAAAUACCAACAUUUAAUGACAAUAUGGACUAUCGAGCCCAGCUGCAGGCAGCAUUGGCAAAAAUACCAAACAAACCCCCUCCUGAAUACCCAGGAAACAAAAAAAGUAUAAGCAAUGGAGCCUUAAGACAGGAACAAGCUAAAAUUUCAGACUUUAUUAUCAGGACCAAACUGCCAGGUCCUGAACUGGAUUCAUUCUCACGUAAUGAACAGAUGACACUUAAUGGGUCUUCACUCGGGCCUUCCAUUUCUGAGCCUGAUCUCACCAGUGUGAAAGAGCGUGUCAAAAAGGAGCCAGUCAAAGAAAGACCUGUAUCAGAACUGUUUUCUACUGAAGACAGCAUUGUGGAAAGGGAAAUCAUGUUGAGGAAUUUAGAAAAGCAGAAACUGGCAGCAGCAGAAGCCCAAAAGAUAGGGCCAUUGAAGUGGGCAGCACUCAAUGGACUCUCAAUGGCCAGGGUUCCAGUGCUCGAGGACAGCCAAGAUGACUCUUCAAAAGUCCCAAUGGACGAAAGGUGCAGAAUGCUAGAAAGAAAGCUGGAAGAAGAUAUGGUGUUUACAGAAUAUGAGCAGAUCCCAAAGAAGAUGGUAGAUGGUGUUUUCACCACAGCAACUCUUCCAGAAAAUGCAGAGCGUAAUCGUUUCAGGGAUGUUGUUCCUUAUGAGGAGAACAGGGUGGAACUUGUGCCAACCAAAGAAAACAAUACUGGCUAUGUCAAUGCCUCCCACAUCAAGGUUACAGUUGCUGGAGAGGACUGGCACUAUAUUGCCACGCAGGGACCCCUGCCACAUACAUGCCAUGACUUCUGGCAAAUGGUUUGGGAGCAAGGGGUGAAUGUUAUUGUCAUGGUUACAGCGGAAGAAGAGGGAGGAAAACCAAAGACCCAUCGAUACUGGCCCAAACUGGGCUCGAAGCACAGUUCAGCAACUUAUGGGAAGUUUAAGGUGACAACCAAAUUCCGCACAGAUUCUGGUUGCUAUGCAACUACAGGUUUAAAGGUCAAGCACCUUUUGUCUGGACAGGAAAGGACUGUGUGGCACUUGCAGUACACUGAUUGGCCAGACCAUGGCUGUCCAGAAGAUGUACAGGGUUUUUUGUCUUAUCUCGAAGAAAUUCAAUCUGUCCGUCGACAUACAAAUAGCAUGCUGGAUUCUACCAAGAGCUGCAACCCACCAGUAGUUGUGCAUUGCAGUGCAGGAGCUGGAAGAACAGGAGUGGUGAUUCUAACAGAAGUUAUGGUUGGUUGUUUGGAGCAUAAUGAGAAGCUGGAAGUGCCAGCUAUGCUGGGAUUUCUCCGACAACAGAGAAUGUUAAUGGUUCAAACAAUAGCUCAGUACAAGUUUGUCUACCAGGUGCUCAUUCAGUUCCUGAAGAACUCUCGGUUGAUUUAGAUGUGAAUUCACAAAUGCUGUAUUUAAACAACCUUAAUAAUUAGCAGUGGAAAUGGAGCUAGCUUUCUUUCCAAGAAAAAGUGCAGCUCAGUACAUCAAGCUUCUGUCAAGUGAUACCUUGAUUUUCAGAACUGUGCCCUUUACUUGUUGAGCAUUUUGUUGAUGUUAAAGCUGCUUUUGAAUCCUUCCAUAGAAUUCUAAAGUACUGAACAUAAUAGUAAGAAACGGGACAUUCUGUGUGCACACUUAACAUGAGUGAAUGGUGGCGUUCUUUUGCAGUUGCUGUGCUUCUGGUUGCACAGUGAUAUUCCAGAAUGAUGUUUUCCAACUAAACAAAUGGAGCACUGUCCACCUUGUAGACUUGUCAAGAAGAUGUACAAUCAAGAGCUAAAAGUAUGUUGGAAUUGCUGUUGUAUUAACUUGAGCAAUAUUCCUUUAACAUUGCCUUGGUCUCAUUGUUAAAAGACCUAAAAGUAUCAGAGGGACUGGUCCAUUUCAUAGUAAUUUGAGGAUGACCUACUGAGUUCACAAACCUUUAAGUGAUAUUAUUUUUUGUAUAAUUGGGAAAACCUGGUUUGCAUAGUUGUAUUUGCGAUUUUGAGCUGAUUAUUACUGUUAAAAAUAGAUGGUAAAAACACACAGAUGAUUUGCUAGAUUACUUUGAUUAUUUAGUAUGAAAACAAUGGCAGCUCAAACUUUAACCUUUUUGAACAGCUGCUUGCCUUGACACUGUUUCUUGGCAUGAUUUCAAACAUUUUGGAUGCAGUUAUAGACUGCUCCUCAAGGGGGCAAUAUUUCAAGGAGUACAGGACACAUUUAUGGCCACAGCAACAUCAGACCUUAUGUAUAAAUAGAAGUUAUAUGGAUGUCCCCAGUAUUCUGGUGGUUUCACUGGUGAUUAGUGACAGGAUCGAAAGAGAUACUCUUCCCAUAAAUAGCAGGAGAUUCUCAUGAAAGAGGUUGAGACACAUGACUGUGGCACCAUCAAUUCUGUGUUGACAUUUCACUUUGUUUAGUGUUAUUUAGCUAUUUUUAAGGAAGCCAGAAUCUUCCACAACACAACAUGUCAGGAGUUCUCAGAGAGUUAAACAUUCAGCAGCUGCAGAUAAUUGCACAAAUGAGAUAUAUCUCCCAGAAAGGGAAACAUUUUCUGCGUUGGGAGUUAAUCAGAUGGGAUAUUUGUGGUUGAUUUAUCUGGCUGUAUAAUCAUCUGGGUCAGUCAUUCAGCAAAGACAGUGCAUGUUGCUAUCACAGACAAGGGACGAAACUUUGCUACUUGUCCAAAAGAGUAGUAGUGUUUCACUAGCUUUUUUAAAUGAUUUAAUCAGCAAAUCUACUGUAGAUUAUAGAGUGGGGCAUUGAUUGGCAUAACACUUUAACAUUGGAAAUAUUUAAAUAGUAUGACGUGGGUUUAUUCCUGUAGAACUCUAGUGAUUUACCGAUUUUAGUCUUGCCCAUUUUCAGGAAUGUUGGAUUGCUUUCUUGAAGGACAAAAGGAAAAUCGGUCAUAUGGAGGUAGAUUCACACACACACAAGCAGUACUACAAGAAGCCUGGCAGCAUGUUACUACUUGCCUGGUAAUUAAGGUCUGGUUGUAUUGCAAAAACAGGAAAACUUUCAAAAGAUGUUUGACCCUUAAACUUUAGAUUUAAAAAAAAAAUUCAGUUGAAACUGCCAAUUGAUGCCUGGUCCCCUAAUUGUAACUGCAGUAUUUUAUUCUGUGACUAACACACCAGGCAUUGUGUUUAAUGAGUUUUGUUUUUAUUUUUAAACUGAGUUGUCUUCUAAAGUUGGCUUCAAGCAUUAGAAUUCAUGCUGAGUUGUGUGUUACACAGACUUGACUCAAUGAAUGAAGCUACUUGCAACUCUCCACAAACUACAGAAAAUGCUGAAAAGACUCAUCUGGUCAAGUAUCAGCCCUAGGCCUAAACAUUAGUCACUUCAUCAAUGGCUUUCCCUCUAACGUAAGUGCAAUGUUUGCUGAUGAUUAUGCAGUAUUCAAUACCACUUGUGAUUCCUCAGAUAGUGUAGCAGUCUGUGCAUUCAUGCAACAAGACUUAGUAGAGAACACUGAGCUGUAUGUUCAUAUGUGGUAAGAAAAAAUUCAUGGCACACAAGUGCCAGGCAAUGACCAUCUCCAACAAGAGAGAAUAAUACCAUCUCCCCUUAACAUUCAACAGCACCACUGAACAUCUCAUCAUCAAAAGCCAUUGACUAGAAACUGAACUGGUCCUGCCUCAUAAAUACUGUAGCUACAAGAGUAGUUCAGAGGCUGGGAUAUACAGUGCAUAACUUAUCUCUUGACUCCCCAGAGUCUGACAAUCAUCUACAAUGCCCAAGUCAGUAAUAUGAAGGAGUCCUCUCCACUUGCCUGGAUGAGUGAUGCUUCAACAUCUCUCAAGAAGCUCACCGUCACACAAGAUAAAGCAGACCUCUUGAUUGGCACCAUAUUAAACAACUUGAACAAUCACUGCCUCAACCAGUGAUACACAGUGGAAGCAGUGUGCACCAUUUGCAAGAUGCAUUGUAGUAACUUGCAAAGCCUCCUUCAACAGUACCUUCACAUCCACAAUUUCUACCACUUAGAAGAUUAGGGACAACAAAUGCAUUGGAACACCAUUACCAGCAAGUUUCCCUCUUAGUGUCAGAACAUGCUGGCUUGGAAUUAUAUCACCACUCCUUUACUGUCAUUCAAAUCACAAACCUGUAACUCCUCCCUAAUAAGACUGUAGCUCUCCCUUACAGCACAUGGACUUCGGUGUUCAAAGUGACUUACUGCCACCUUCUCAAAGUCAGUUGGGAGUAGCAAUAAAUGCUAGCCUGGCCACCAAAUGCUCACAAAAGUAGGGUUCAUGUUUCAGUUCUGAGUUCUAAAAUAUUAACUGUUACACGCUGCACAGAUACUGCCUGUCUUGAGUAUUUCCAGCAUUUUCUAGGUGUGUUUCAGUUUUUCAGGAUCUGCUCUAUUUCUUACUCUAAAAUUAAAGCAAAUUGACAUUGUGAGGAAGAGCAAUGUGUAUAAGAAAAAAAGACAUCUCUAAUGUAAAAGAGAAAGAAAAACCACUCCAUGUGGAGUAAUAGUGUUAUUUUAAUUUAUUUUAUAUAUUUGUUCCGUUAACUAAUUUAAGUUACCAGAUCUUUUUGAAGACUAUAAGCAUUAAACAAAAAUAACACGAAAUGGUCAAUUUUAUUUCUGAAUCUUACUACUUUUUAUACAAAUAACUGGUACCAAAUAUAAGACAUUAGAAGGAUAUUUCCAUUGUUAUCCAUUUUUAAUUUGAAGCAUUCUUUUUGCAACAACUACAUUUUUUUCUGCACUGCAGAGAAAAAGAUGUUUAUAUAACUGGAGGUUAAGUAUUUUAAAAUUGACCAUUGUCUUAACGUUUGUAAUAUGGUCAUUCCUAUAAAUAUUAGGACAAAUUAUUUUGAUCUCUGGGAAGAUUUUUUUUAAUUGUAAGAGGAAAAUCAAUUUGAUUCAUUGUCGUUUUUGUUACAUUUCAAUAGAGAUUCUUAAAUAAACUAUCUGUUCAUGAACAACUAUGUAAAUUAUUUCUUGCAAAUCAGUAAGCGUUUGAGUAAUUUAAAGAAAUUUACCGAAACAUCAAACAAUCCUCAUCAAUAGAUUCAUGGAAUAGAUUUUUUUUUAUCUUGAUGGCAAAAUAUUGUGCCAGUUCUAAAAACGUUAAUAAAGAUAGCAGCACUAAAACAAGACAGACUAAAACAAGACAGACAGGUCAAAACAGCUUUUCAUGUACUACUGUGUAAGCCUCCAUGACUAGAUAGUCAUGCCUUCCUGUAGAUAGUAUGGAUCACCCAACUUUGACAGCUAGAUAUUUGUCAGGGCAUUCUGUUAGCAUGAUGGUACAAUACUUAGGUUAUUUAAUUUUCAAUAGGCAAACUGCAUUAUUUUUUAUUAUUAAUGGUAAGGAGAGAAGGCAAUCUUCCCAACAACUUUACAGAGGGGAUAGUGCUCCUUUUUUUGACUGACUGUUUCUAAUUGAUUAUUUUUACUCUGAGCUUGCUGUUGCUCAGUUGUGGAAAAAAAGACUUAUAUGAACUGAUUUAUGAACUACAACAUGUUACAGGUGCAAUCCAAGUUUAAAUAAAAAUAUCAACCAGCAUUUACACACACCUUUCUCAGUAAAAAGGAAUGAAUGCUGUGGGUGGAAGGUAGCUUCAAAAUUAAAUUACAGAAAUUACUUAUGCAGAAAUACAGUUAGAAAACAAAUUUUAAAUAACUUCCCUUAAGAUGACAUAACCGAUGAGCAAAAGCCAAAGAAAGCCACCUGCAAACUUGUCAUCACCAGAUGCAAAAAUGAUCAAGUACAUACAUUGUCAGAAAUUGUAUAUUUUUUAGAACUGAGAGAAAACAAUGUUUAAUAAAAACAUAUGGUCGUUGGCAAAAAAUUCAGAAGAUUGAAGACUGGAAUGUAAAAGAAAAUAAUACAAAAGAUAAACACUCUGGGUGAAGGUGCUAUAAUCCCUUUAAUAAUAACUAGCAUUAAGUUUAAGCAAGGUUCGGGUUGGAUAUUAAACAAUGUGCAAGUCUGGAUUGUUUCAGUUUUGAUCACGGUGCUGGGUAUGGUAUGUAAACUAAAUAUAUGUGACAUGCAGGCUUUGAAAUCCCUUGCAUGCUGCUUCUUGCCCUUUGACAACUGCUAGGUUUAAUAGGAAAACACCUGAUUCCUAUGGGACAGACGUGAGUUAGCGCCAGAAGAGGCAAAUUGCUGCUGCCUACUGCAUGCAUUUGAAAAUUCAGGGUUUGCCUACCAUGGGAUGGAAUAGUCAGUCCAGCCCUGCUCCACUUUGCAAGUCGAGCCAUUUGCUUUCCAAUACCUCAUGUAAGAACAUGAUUGAAACGUUUCUCUAGUCUGUAUCCAUUGGGUGGUACUCACUUUCGCUCAUUCGAAGACCUAUACCAUAAAUCGCUAGAUGUAUUGAACGCUGCAAAUAUCUGGGUUGUGACUGAGUUAGAAUAUUGCAGCAUUAGAAGUCCCGGCACAGAUUCAGUUCCCUGGUAAUUUGGCUUGUAAGAUUUCACUCCUUAACAAGGCAUUGGGAAAUUACUAAUGAAAAUGGAGUCUCACUGAAAUUAUGACAAGGGGUGGACAGAAACCCCAAGGAAUUUCAGGGUUGUCGCUCAGUAGAAUAUUUUAGAUGAACCCCUAAACCGUGCAUUGAUUAUCAGUAAUUGACAGGUGAAAAUAUGUUUUUCAGACCACUUCCUAGAAGCUAAAUUUCACACACAGUGCUGCAUGGUCGGAGGGGAAAAAAAGUGAGGAGAAAUGGAAUAACUUUAAAUGGUUUAGAUGCUCACAGAUUCAGUGGGUUGGUGAGAAGUUCAAAAACCCUUGUGGGGAACCUUGUUAUUAAAAUUGUCAUAUCUAAGAUGGCUGGCUCACUGUGACUUUGCAAGCUCUUUCCACUGACUAAUACUGUUAACUGAUCUUAAUUUGUGUAUUUAUAUAAUUUAACAGUUUGGAUUAAAGUCCAGUCUGAGUUUUUAAUAUGCUAAUAUCCGUAUUGUGUCUCAGUAUUUUUUUGGCUCUUCAAUAUUGCUAAGGUUUGAAUUGUUGGAACACGUGCUGUUGAACAGUGUUCUAUAUUGAUUGCCAAAUGAUUGCCAUAUCUGAAAUUGCAACACAUUCGUUGCAAACCUAUCACAUAUUGUAUUUGAUGUUUGGAAAUGCUGAAUGGUUGGUGGUUGACCAAUUUUUAACGUUGCUCUGAUUGUUGACUUAGUAUGUUUUGAGCAGUAAUCAAGCGCCAAAACCUAUUUGUUGUUUUUUGUUAAAAAUGCUUUUGAAUGUACACAUUUUUUAAUGCCUCUGUGAUGUGUCUUAGGACUGUUUUUAAUAUGUUAAAGGCGCUAUAUAAUUUUUAUAUAUAUGAAUAAAUGCAUUUAUCACUGUAGGUUUGAGGUGCACCCAGAAUCCUUUUCAGUUUUUGGCUUAAACUUUGACCAGUUAUUCAGAUUCAAAGUUAGGUGGGCCCAAUUGGAAACCAUGUACUGCACAGUUAGCUGUGCAUUACCGCCAAAAUAUUAGGAUAUUUACCACAAGCAGCUCUGGAAGUCUUUUUUUGUUUAAAACUUGCUGUUUUAAAUAAUAAGUCAUACAAGAUCAAUAUAAAAUCAUUAGUUUAUCUAAUGAAAAAUAAGGUCAUGACAACUUUGCUAUAUAACAAAUACAAAUUUGUUGUACACUAUAUUGAAAAGUAGUGGGGAAACUUGCUAAAAUUUCUGUCUUUGUAUAACUAUAACUCACCUUGUUUGUGUGCCAACUUUAAAUGUACCAACUAACCCUUAUGUAAAAAUUGAAAGAGAGUUUUGUGCUGGAAUCCACCAGAAUACUGAACUGUCUACCCUUACACCAUUUAACUAUUGGCAGAAUGGACUGGAUUUAAUAAAUUUACUAAGUCCAUUGUCUAACCUUGUGUUACAUAUUCCGAAUUGAUAGUGAUCGAUUAAGGAAUAAACAUAUGUUGCUUUAAGAGAACAUUCCUGUCAUAUUCAUUAAUACAUAUGGACAUUUAUGUAAGCAGUGAAUGAAAGACAUUAAGACUUACAUUGAUAGGGUUAAGCAUGUUGGUCCCUAUCUUUAACAAGUAGGAUUGUGCUAUCAAUUGCCAAAUUCAACUGAUACACACGUGAUCUUACUCAUUAAUAAUGAAACCAGCACCAAGUUUAGAACUAGAGAUGCACAUUCACUUGGUCAAAAAAUAAAAAUUGAUUGCGGUAUGAGUGAUAACUGACAAUAAUAGUAACUGAUUCCCUAUAUCUAUUGAAAGGAUAUCUUUGAACAAGUUCAAAGGCACAUCAUGAACAACGAUUUUAAUUUUUCAUUAGUGAUCUCUUAUGGCGAUGUCCACGUGGUUUCUUUAUAAAAAGAAACUUACUAAUUUCCCAUGGCUUCCACAGAUUCUAACUGGACAGGUCAGUUAAUUUUUAGCAUCAAUGUGCCGAUAGUGGAUUCAAUUGAAAUUGUUCCUUGCUCUAAACCACUGCUCUGCAUCUCAUUUGGAAAUAAGCCCUUAAUUAGCACAAAAAAGCCUAUAAAUGUGUGUUAUACUAACUCAGUGAAAAGGCAUCUGCCCUCAUAAUUUAUAUUCUCAACCUAUUGUGUUUCUAUGUCUGAAAAUGUAUAACUUUGUGACAGGAAGUUUUAAGUCCAUGCCAUGUUGGAGUUGCAACAAAAGUGGUUUUAACUACAAUGAGUGGAAC